UCAGGCACGAAGCUGUAGCUCUGUGUUUUUAAUCAGAUCAGGAGACAUGAGGCUGUAGCUUGGUGUCUACAUCCCUACAGCUGGAGGCACAGAGCUGGACACUCAGUCCCAGUUUAUAACAUGUUGUCCAGCCAGGGGCAGAGAGAGGAGAACGAUGUGGCGACGGGAGGGAUGAAGUCGGAAGAAAAAGAGCAAACAAAUGCAGAGAAAGAGGAAGGAAAGAUGGGGGGAAAGAAAAAAGAGAAGGAAGACUCCUACAAUUUUAUUUACAACCCAAGAACCGGAGAAUUCCUGGGCCGAACCGCUAGCAGCUGGGGUCUCAUCCUCCUCUUCUACUUCUUCUUUUACGGGUUUCUGGCUGGAAUGUUUUCUCUCACCAUGUGGGCGAUGUUACAAUCUCUCAACGAAAAUGUCCCCCGAUAUCAGGACCGAGUGGCCAAUCCAGGUUUGGUGAUUCGUCCUCAUGCAGCUGAAAUCUCCUUCAACCGCUCUGACCAGACAAACUACAAACUCUACAUUCAACAACUGCACAACCUGCUGCAGCAUUAUAAUGACAGCAUUCAGAAGCGUAAUGACUUGUGUCUUGUGGAUGAAUACACUGAGCAGGAUGACGAGCCCAUAAAGAAAGUUUGUCAGUUCAAACGCAGCAUUCUCCGUCAGUGUUCUGGUUUGAUGGACUCUAGCUUUGGGUACAAGGAUGGAAAACCCUGCAUCAUUGUCAAGAUGAACCGGGUCAUUGGCCUGAAACCAAGAGGAGAUCCAUACAUCAACUGUACUGUCAAGAGAGACACUCCAUUACAGAUGCAGUAUUUCCCAUCUAAGGGUCGCCUCGACAAGAUGUUUUUUCCAUACUAUGGCAGGAAAGCUCACCCUGACUAUGUUCAGCCUCUGGUUGCAGUUAAGGUGAUGUUGACCAAAGAAGACUACAACAUUGAGCAGAUGGUGGAGUGUAAACUUGAAGGUUCGAACCUGCAUAACAACGAUGACCGAGACAAGUUUUUGGGUCGCGUCACUUUCCGAAUCAAAGUAUCAGAGUAAUCGGAUGCACUGGUUGCACUAAGAAGUUGGUCUAGUAUGGUAAACAAAUCUUCAGCUUAGGGAGCUUUUUCAACUCAGACCCGAUCCUGCAUGUCGAAUUGUUUCAGUCAAAUCGUUUACGUGACUAAAUAAGCAGGAGUGUGUACUUUAAAGAAUUUUCAUACGGGAUUUAGAGUGGCACGGAAAGAGCACUUACCUCACAGAGUGGAACUUUAACCGUAUGAACUGUGCUAAGCUACUUUAAUUAUUGUGUUUAUGUCAACAAUGAUUCUACACAAACAUUAGUUAUGGAGAUCCACAAGUUACAGUUCUAGUGCCAAUUCUUUUUUACAUUAUGCUCUCCUAGGGCAAUAAUAUUGAUAGACAUUGAAUAAAUGCCAGUUGCUAUUCAGAUGACACCUAACUGUAUUUAUCUUUGAAACAAGGUGAAACUAAUCAGCCAGUUUAACUCCUCUAUGUGUGUGUGUGUAUAUAUGGGUGGCACAGUGGCUUGGUGGUUAGCCCUGAUGUGUCUCCGCGAGGGUUUUCACUGAGUAUUCCAGCUUCCUCUCACCUCCAAAGACUGAGGCUGAUUGAUGACUCUAAAAUGACCCUAGGUAUGUGUGAGUGCAAACGGUUAUUUGUCUAUGCAUUAGCCCUGCGACCUGUCCAGGGUGUACCCCGCCUCUCGCCCAAUGCCAGCUGGAAUAGACUCCAGCAACCCCCAUGACCCCAGUGAGGAUUAAGCGUUAUGGAAGAUGAUAUAUAUAAAAAAAUAUAGUGUUACCACAUUGUUACAGACUUCAUGGUUCCUACAGUGGCUGAGAGACCUCAACGCUCUGCAACAUGAGAAAGCGCAUGCAAAUAGACUUACAACACCUGCAAACUCAAACGCUCUGCAAACUCACAACGAAAAUGUUUCCAGAAGACCCUAAAAGUGAUGGACCAUCUUUGCUCAAAACAGAUCCAUCAUAUUAGCAACUGACUCCGUGUCUGUCACUUACUUCAACAAUAGACUGCUGGUAAUACAUUCUCUUCAUUCAACUCAUUUGAAAAAUGUCACCUACAUUUCAACCUAUUUGUGUCUUUUAUCUCACAGAUGUUGCAGAAUAGUAUUGCCUUUAUAUUUUUUAUUACUGUAGGUAUUUCUGAUUUUAUUUUCCUCCAUAGCUACACCAUUGGUUCAUUGGUGACAUGUUUAUCCACCCAUGGUGCCUAAAAGCUACACAGACCUUCAGAAGAAACCUCCUCAGGCUGGACGU